AUGAAGCUAGUGGCUAUAUCAGGUCCAUCCUCUUCGGGCAAGACUACAGUCGCCAGUGCGUUGCACAAACUUUUCAAAAACUCCUUGUUGAUACAUCUUGACGAUUUCUAUUUGCCAGAUGAUCAAAUCCCAAUAGACCCAGUGAAGAAAACAGAGAAUUGGGACUGUCCAGAGGCAGUUAAUUUUGAAAAAUUUAUCAAGUGCAUAAAGGACUUGAAAAGUAACGGUACUAUUGAAGAAAGACCCACGUACGAGGGCGAAGUAGAAUUGAAGUUGACGGAAGAUGAGUUGGCUACCUUUGAGCAGGAAGUGCUGCAGUAUCUGGAAGAGCAAAUUGUAUUUGUAGAAGGGUUCAUGCUAUUUCACGACCCUGAUAUUAUCAAAUUGUUUGAUAUUAACCUCUUUUUCUACGCAUCUUAUGAAACCUUGAAGAAUAGAAGGGAAUCCAGACAAGGCUAUAAUACAAUAGCUGGAUUCUGGGUAGACCCACCAAACUAUUUUCUGAACAUAGUCUGGCCAGAAUUUGAGAAGAACCAUAAAUAUUUAUUUAAUAACGAAGACGUUAACGAUACUUUAACUAAAUAUGCACUUGACGAUUUGAAUAUCCAACCAUUCAAAAAUGAAAAUGAUUCGAAGCUCAAAGAUCUAAUCCAAUGGUCAUUAGACCAAAUUAUAAAUUAA